AUGGUGUUUCAGCCACCGAGGCAGCAUUACAUCAAGUCAGCUCUCGGGCAGGUGUGGAACCCGCAGAAGGACGGAGCUGCGCUGUUUGAGAUGGUGCGGAUUUCAGAGCUACCCUUCUCUUCCUUCCUGCAAUAUUCCACACAAAUUGUUUUGCGAGUGCACCUGUACCAGCUGGACAUCACGGUGAAGCAGGGCCGCGACAAGGUGCGGGAGCUGUUCGCGAAGAACGCGCACCUCACCGACCCGCGGGUGAUCGACAUGCUGGUGAUCAAGGGAAAAAUGGAUCUUCAAGAAACCAUUCAGGUAUGGAAGCAGAAGACUCACAUCAUGAGAUAUUUCCACGAGACGGAAACCCCACAACCAAAAGACUUUCUGUCCAAAUUCUAUGCGGGCCAUGAUCCCUGA